UCCCUGUUUUAGAAUAAUUACUAGAUUACCAGACUAGAUACGGAUUCCAACCCACUUUUGCAUACAUCCUGUCUCUUCUAUCGCGAUUGCGAGAGCAAAAGAUGAUUGCGAGAGGAAGCUCCGAUCUAAUAAUGCAUCGUAUAGAUUAUCUGAACGUGUAUUCUGGUCCAGAUCGACUUAGGAGAGUCCUUACGACAUUUUGUUUACGAAAAGAUGAUUUGAUGGAAAUCGUAAAUGGAUAUAGUGAAGAUUGUUUUAUUGCCAAAUUCCAGUUUGGAGAAGUUUAUCGUGGAAUUUAUGAUGGAAAAGAGGUGAUAGUCAAGGUCUGGAAAGAUGACUUAGACACAAUACGCCCAGGAGACAAUGAAAGUAGAUUUUAUGAUGAACUAAAGCUGCAAGAAUAUUUUGCAAGACACAGUUUUCAUCCAAAUAUGGCAAAGGUGAUUGGAUAUUGCAACAGGGACAAACAAUUGGCUUUGGCGUAUCAUCUCAAGCCUAAGGCCAUUGAUACACUCCGCAAUCUUAUUGAAAAAGAUAAUUUUACCUGGUCACAGAGGAUCAAAGCUGCUCUUGGGUUUGCUUCCUUACUUGAAUUUAUGCAUUCUAGGAGUGAGAGUCCAACACGUUUGCCAUACCUUAUUCGCAAUAUUGAUCCUGCUAAUAUAAUGGUGGAUGAGGACUAUGAACCUGUGUUGUUUGACCUUAGUAUGGUUUCUGGUGGAAUUCUUACUGAUAAACGACAUCUUGUGGAUCAGUACCCACAUAGGUGUAACAAUUAUGUUGAUCCAAUUUGUGCGCAUCCAGGUAAAUGGUCAGUCAAGAGUGAUGUUUAUUCCUUUGGUGUUCUGCUUUUGGAAUUAAUAACCAAAGGAGAAUGCAAGGGACCAGGACCUAACUCCCAGUCUAGACACUCACUUGUGCAUCCAAGCCUAAAUGUGGAUUCGAAUUUCCGUCUUAGUGACGCAAUUAAAAUCACAAAACUGGCAACUGAUUGUGUUAAAUAUGAUCCUUUAAAGCGGCCAUCAAUGAAGCAAGUUGUUAGAUGUUUGCAGAAUCUGCAUGUUGUUCGACAUCAUGCAAAUACUUGGGACAUUAACAAGAUGCUUAAUGGUGAUGAUGCUAUUCUGAGAUGUGUUAAAUGUCAUGGGAAGAAGCCUGAUAAACGUUUAAAAUUUACCCAGGCGCAAUUCUUAAAGUUCUUAUCUAUCACCCGGUUCACCCCCCUAUCUCGCACAUAUUCUAGAGAUCCUAAUCAUUGGGUGUCAGGGAACAUGUUUUUGCGAGGAAAGGACAAUGCAGUUGGUGUGUUUUCCUAUGAAGACCUGAGUAUCUUUACCAAUAGUUUCAACAAAGAAAAUCUGAUUGGGAAUAUUCAAUAUGGAGAAGCCUUUCGUGGCAAGAUUGGUGAAAAAAAUGUAAUGGUGAAGAUCUGGAAACCUCGCCCUCCACUUUAUACAGUUCGUCAUGGUGAUAAUGAAAGCAGGUUCCGGGAUGAAAUGGCAUUGCUUCAGCACCCGAUUUUGAUGUCACAUCCAAACAUGGUUAAGCUGAUGGGAUAUUGCUAUGAGGAAGAGAAAAUUGGGGUUGUCUAUGAUCUUGAACCACAUGACACAGUAUAUAAUCUUGUGCUUAAAGAUGACUUCACUUGGCUGCGCAGAGUUAGGACCAUAUACGAAUUUGCGUGCCUCCUUAAGUUUCUACAUGAUCCUAAUCUGCAUAACGAGCCUUAUAUAAUUCGCAACCUAGAUGCUGCUCAUAUUAUACUUGAUAAGGAGUACAGCCCAAAGUUAUUUGAUUUCGGGAUGUGUAGCGGUGGAAUUCUGCUUGAUGUUCGAUAUAUAAGAGACAAGUUUACACGUGGUACUGUUGGUUACAUGGAUCCAUAUAGCUUACCGCGAGGAGGUGUAUGGUUCACAGUGUCCGAUGUGUACGCUUACGGUUAUAUAAUGCUGAGCUUGAUAUCCAAGAGACUCACUACAAUAGAGGGCCUUAAUAAUGAGGAGCCCCUUGUGUCUGAAUGGGCAUUUGAAGAAUGUGAGAAACAAAUGUGCAAGGGAGGCAGCUGCUCACUCGUGGAUGUCAGCCUGAAGACGCAUGAUGGGUUCAAUCACAAUGAUGGAGUUCAACUUACAAAGUUGGGGUUGGAGUGUAUAAAUUCGGAGGGGUUUAAACGUCCUACUAUGAAGCAAGUUGUGAAGCGUCUACUCAACUUGCGUGUCCUGCGCACUCAUGACCAGGAACUGGGAAUUAAGCAGAAGUAGCAGAAGCAUUAGCAGUGAUUUUUGUGAGAUCUUAAAUCCAGAGGAGUGGGGCUUUAGUUUCAGGCUGUUUAAUUAUCUAAUUUUACUGCUUCUUUAAACUAGGUACUCUUCCAAGCCCUACAAAUUGCCGACAGGUUAUUAAUCUGUCUUGUUCUUCUUCGUAGUGUCUUGUUCUUUGCCUGUUUGCUUUAUUGUUUAUUCCAAGUUGAUUGCUCUUAUAAUGCUUUGCGUUCUCUUAAAGUGAGAUUCACUUUUACAAAUUAUCUGAUCUAAAACAUCUUUAUUUCAAAUAUGUGUGUUUAUGUAACAUG